GAAACCUUUGUGUGCGACCAGUCUCGGACAUUUGUGAGCAGACCGGGCAGCAGCGCCGCAGCGACAACAUCGAUACACUCACGCUUUUGGGGAAGUGGCAAACCCCCGAACAGCUGCAAGCGUUGCGCGCAGCUGGUCGUAAGAAACCAGCCUUGAUGGAAACAGCAGAGGAGCUCAUGAUGUCUAAAGAGCCCUACACACCUGUGAAGCUUUUUCUCACGCUGGUGGUCAAUGAGCCUGUGAGAAGAUUGCUGUUCUACAUUCUUAAGUUUGAGCCAUGGGCUUGGCGCGCUGCGCUACUAACAGUGUUCAUUCAUGUCCGUCCACCACCGGCUUAA